AUGUCAAGCAAAAAACGAAAUUAUCGUAGAAAACUUAUAUCUUCUGACGACGAUGAUAUAUCAAAGAAUGGUGACGAGAAAGACGUGAGUGAAGCACUUGAAGAAAUUAUAGAACUCCGAAAGUUUCGAAGAAGACCUCUAGGAAUAGAUGCAGAAAAACUUUCAAAAGGAGAAUCAAAGACAAAAAAAAAGAAAAAGGAUGAGGAUCCGUGGAAAUUGACUACAGGAGGAAUUGUUGUUUUGAACAGUACAGAAGAUGAGGAAAGGUGUGAAGUAACACAAAUACUUGGCUAUAAUAUAUAUAAAGAAAAUGCUGGAGAAAAAAAGAUUAUGCUUGAUUCAUUUACCAAACAAACAAAUGCAUUAGAUGUUGAUAAACACAUGAUGGCAUAUAUUGAAGAAGAAAUGCGAAAUGUACAAUUAUCAACUACCAUGCUUACAGCUAUACCUGAGGUUGAUUUAGGAAUAGAUGUACGACUAAAAAACAUUGAAAAAACAGAGAUAGCGAAACGUAAAUUAUUAGAGCAGAGACAUACUAAACCUAAAGAAGAGAAAGAUGUAUUUGAAGGAUCAAAUUUCGCUGCGACUAAUAGAUGUAAGUUCAUUUUAUAUCAAUAG